GUAGACUCGACUCAGAUUCGUCAACUGACAUCCUGUCAAAAAAAGCACAUCCAGCGUGCUGCAAAGGAAGACGGACUUUUGGAGAGUUUUAUGCCCAGUUUUCCUCCCAACCACCGCCCCGCAGAGUUUAUGUGUGACAUAUACAGCCUGGACCCCCACUGCGUGUCUCCACCAUGCAACAUGAGUUGGGCGAUGGAGCCUGCUAACUUCUACGACAGCGCCAAGCUGGGGGGUCCGCAGCCGGGGCCGUGCAAGCCGGGCAGCCGCGGCGAGGAGGGCACCAUGGCGGAGCUCACCGCCCCGGCCAUCUACGACGACGAGAGCGCCAUUGACUUCAGCCAGUACAUCGAGUCCAUGACGUCCGUCCCGAACCUGGAGCUCUGCAACGACGAGCUCUUCCUCGAUCUCUUCAACACGGUCAAGCAAGAGAAGGCAGACCUUUACGCCAUGCAGGGUUCCAUGCUUCCCGGCUGCGGGCAGCAGUUGUCAGUGGGCUACGCAGGCGAGAGGAGGGCAGAGAAGGGUCCCUAUGGGGCACCCAUCAAGCAGGAGUCCGAAUGGAGUGACAGCGACAUGUCCUCGUCACUACCCUGCCAAAUAGAAACAUGUGCCCAGACCUCUGUAAGCCUCCCAAUGGGGCAGCCCACCCCGCCAACCACGCCGGAGCCCACCUCCGCCGCCAGCUCGGCCAAGAGUUCCCCGCGAAAGUCCGGCCGGGAGAAGGCAAAGAAGGCGGUGGACAGGUUCAGCAUGGAGUACCGGCAGCGGCGAGAGAGGAAUAACAUCGCCGUCAGAAAGAGCAGGGACAAAGCCAAAAUGCGCAACUUGGAGAUGCAACAGAAGCUGGUCGAGCUGAGCUCCGAGAACGACAGACUCCACAAAAACAUCGAGCAGCUAACCAGAGAACUCAGCGGCCUCAGAGAGUUCUUCAAGCAGAUGCCCAACGCCUCCUUUGCGGGCAGCGUCAGCAUAGAGGGUCGGUGACACCCCCACCACCCUUCCAACAAACUGGGCGUUUUAUUUUUGAUUUUUAGGAGACAUACCUCAGAGACAUUUUCUUACCAUCUGUACCAGAUGUAUUUUAAGCUUACCAUAAUGGCACUGGAAAAUAUAUGACGUUGCUGCCGUAUUUUUGUGGGAUUUCCCCCCUUGUAUUAAAUUAUUUUACCACUGCAUUUACAUGAUGUUAUAUGGUACAUGUUUUAUAAUUCCAAACUUUGUAUAAGAGCCAGAGCAUGAUCUUUUUGUAUUGUUUGUAUGAAACAAUUUUUGUCCCAUAAUGAUAAUAAAAAAAAUACAACAGCUGCAA